GUUGAUAGGAGAAAAUUUCUUAUGGCCUAGUAAACAUGACAGCAACAUGUGGGCCAUUUUUCCUAAUUGUUUGACAUGCAGUAACAUUUUCUUCUUGGCCAGUUUUGUUGUGCCCUGGAAUUUUGUUUCUUGUUUUUUCCCCUAACCAGAAACCUUGCCAGGUGAUGACAAAGUUCUGUUCAGAGCGCAUUGCAAAAUAUGCUUUUGAGUAUGCUUACCUGAACAAUCGGAAGAAAGUCACAGCUGUGCAUAAGGCCAAUAUUAUGAAGCUUGCAGAUGGUCUAUUCUUAGAAUCUUGUCGUGAGGUUGCAACAAAAUACCCAGGGAUAAAGUACAAUGAGAUCAUUGUGGAUAACUGUUGUAUGCAGCUGGUGUCGAAGCCUGAGCAGUUCGAUGUCAUGGUUACUCCAAAUCUGUAUGGCAAUCUGGUGGCAAACACAGCUGCUGGUAUUGCUGGAGGCACAGGUGUAAUGCCAGGAGGCAACGUCGGUCAAGAUCAUGCAGUUUUUGAACAAGGUGCGUCUGCUGGCAAUGUUGGAAACCAGAAGAUGGUGGAAAAGAAGAAGGCAAAUCCAGUAGCCCUUCUUCUUUCCUCAGCAAUGAUGCUAAGGCAUCUCCAGUUUCCUUCAUUUGCUGACCGGUUAGAGACUGCUGUCAAGCUAGUAAUUUUGGAAGGCGAAUACAGGACCAAAGAUUUAGGAGGGGAUAGCACCACCCAAGAAGUUGUUGAUGCAGUCAUAGCAGCACUGGACUGAUGAUCCUGCUCUUUUUGCAGAGUAUUGGUGCGGACAACGGAUCAAUUGCUUCUCCUAAAAUAUUAAUUUUGUUUUGUCACUUCAGUUGCAUUGUUGUUUACAACUGCCACUAUGGCAGCUUGAUUUGAGAAACGUGAUUCUUUUUCUUUAAAUAAUUUAAUUCUUGUCCCAUGAAGAUGUAUUUGGAUUCAAAUUAUUCAUGUAAAGUCAUAAUUUGGAAAAUAAAAAGGCAGAGGCAUUAUUCUAAAAACUAAUAAAUGUUUUGUG